AUGGUAGUGCAGUCUAGGAAUGAGGGGGAUUACAUAUGGAUCGAGCCUUUGACACGUCGAGAGUUCGACGUUGCCAUCGGUGGCCGAGUGAUCGCCGCAGAAGGUCGAAAGAUCCUCGUCCAGGACGACGACAAUCAGGAACAAUGGUUGACGCCGGAAAGGAGAAUAAAAGCGAUGCACCCAACAUCGGUGCAAGGCGUCGAAGACAUGAUUUCUUUGGGAGAUUUGCACGAGGCCGGGAUCCUCCGGAAUUUGCUCAUCCGAUACAAUGAACACCUCAUUUAUACGUACACGGGCUCAAUUUUAGUCGCUGUGAAUCCGUACCAGAUCUUGCCAAUUUACACGGGCGAGCAGAUAAAACUUUACAGGGAUAAGAAAAUUGGAGAAUUGCCUCCGCAUAUUUUUGCAAUCGGAGACAAUGCUUACUCGCACAUGCGAAGAUUUCGGCAAGACCAAUGCGUAGUCAUUAGCGGUGAAAGUGGAGCUGGAAAGACGGAAAGCACCAAACUAAUUUUGCAAUAUUUGGCUGCAAUCAGUGGAAAGCAUUCGUGGAUUGAGCAGCAAAUAUUGGAAGCGAAUCCCAUCCUUGAAGCUUUUGGAAAUGCGAAAACCAUCAGGAACGAUAACAGUUCUCGGUUCGGGAAGUACAUUGACAUCCACUUUUCGUCCGCCGGAACAAUUGAAGGAGCCAGGAUAGAACAGUACUUGUUGGAGAAGAGUCGACUGGUUUCGCAAGCGAAGGACGAAAGAAAUUACCACAUAUUCUACUGCAUGCUUGCCGGGAUGAGCAAGACUGAAAAGGCCAAGUUCGAGCUUCAGGACGCUUCCAAGUAUCAUUAUUUGACGAGGGGACGCUGCAUCACGUGCGAAGGACGCAACGAUUCCGCGGAAUACUCGGACAUCCUGUCGGCAAUGAAGGUGCUGAUGUUUGCGGACUCGGACGUGAUGGAAAUUGUGCGUCUGCUCGCCACUGUGUUGAAUAUAGGCAACGUGCAUUUCAAAGCCCGUGUCGUGGACAACCUGGACGCUACAGAAAUAGCCGAUAGAACGACGGUGACGAGAGCUGCCAAGAUGCUGGGGGUUGACGAUCGGGCUCUCAUCGACGCCAUCACGAAAAAGACGAUCUUCACCCAGGGGGAGACUGUGACGUCGUUGCUGAAUUUAUCACAAGCUACUGACGUACGUGACGCGUUGGUCAAAGGGAUUUACAGCCGUUUAUUUAUUUGGAUCGUUGGUAAAAUCAAUUCGGCGAUUUACCGGCCGAAGCAAGGUGAAAGAUCGUCGAUCGGUGUCCUCGAUAUCUUCGGUUUUGAGAACUUCGAUGUGAACAGUUUCGAGCAGUUUUGCAUCAAUUAUGCGAACGAGAAUUUGCAGCAGUUCUUUGUGCGGCACAUUUUCAAACUGGAGCAGGAAGAGUACAACCUGGAGGGCAUUUCCUGGCAGCAUAUCGAAUUUGUGGACAACCAAGACGCCUUGGAUUUGAUUGGUGUCAAACAGCUCAAUAUCAUGGCUUUAGUCGACGAGGAAUCCAAAUUUCCAAAGGGCACGGAUCAGACAAUGUUGGCAAAGUUGCACAAACAACACGGUGACAACCGGAAUUAUUUGAAACCCAAGUCCGAUAUCAAUACGUCCUUCGGCCUGAACCAUUUCGCCGGAGUUGUGUUCUACGACACUCGAGGAUUCCUAGAGAAGAAUAGAGACACUUUCAGUGCUGAUCUUCUUCAGGUGAUCCAUGUGACAUCAAACCGUUUCCUCCGAGACCUUUUCGCGGAAGAAAUCCGGAUGGGUUCUGAGACCCGCAAACGGGCCCCAACGCUGUCGGCGCAGUUCAAGAAAAGCCUCGACUCAUUGAUGAAAACCCUCGCAGCUUGCCAGCCAUUUUUCAUUCGUUGCGUGAAGCCGAACGAAGACAAGAAACCGAUGGUCUUUGAUAGAGAAUUGUGCUGUCGCCAACUGCGAUACUCGGGAAUGAUGGAAACGAUCAGGAUUCGUAGGGCUGGGUAUCCCAUCAGACACACUUUCCGGGAGUUUGUGGACCGGUAUCGGUUCCUCAUCAAUGGCAUCCCUCCAGCGCAUAAGGUCGAUUGUCGGUCGGCGACAGCAAAGAUUUGUCAAGCAGUACUGGGAGCCAGAGGAGCGGAUUACCAGUUGGGAAAAACCAAAGUGUUCCUCAAGGAUGCUCACGAUUUGUUCCUUGAACAGGAACGUGACAGGGUCUUGACGCGAAAAAUUCUCAUCUUGCAAAAGACCAUCAAGGGAUGGAUUUAUCGCCGGAGAUUCGUGCGAAUGAAGAAGGCAGCUUUGGUUGUGCAGCGUCACUACAGGGCGUAUGCAGCCCGUAGACGGUUUGUAGCAAUGCGACUGGGAUUCAACCGGUUGCAGGCUGCCAUCCGUUCUCGAGUCUUGUCCCAUCGCUUCCGUCACUUGAGGGGCCACAUUGUGGCCCUGCAGGCCAGGUGUCGAGCGUGGCUCGUACGUCGGGAUUUCCAUCGCAAAAUGUGGGCCGUUGUCAAAAUUCAAAGCCAUGUCCGGAAGAUGAUUGCUAUGCGCCAGUACGAGAAACUCAAGUUUGUUCAUAGAAACCGACUUGAAGCACUACAACUCAGGGAACAAGAAGAACGUGAGUUGAAGAAGCAGCUGGGUGGGAAGAAAGCGAAAGAAGCUGCAGAAGAACGCUACAGGAUGAGAUUGAAAGAGUUGGAACGUAAGGAAUCCGAAAUGGCGAUGGAGGACCGUCGUGUGAUCGAGCAAAAGAAAGCCGUGGUCCGUCAGGCCGAGGAGACCCAGACGAUGCCCCUGGACGACGGCCAGCUCGUGGAAGAAAUGUUUGGCUUCCUCAAGACCGGCGAUAUGAGUGCCCAGGACACGGCCAUGUCCAUGCCGGGCAAUGCUGCUGCUGGCCCAGCCGCGUUCCGUGACCUCGGAGGCUCGUCGUCUCACGUUGAUCUAAUCAAUGCUGUGCCGCAUGCCCCCGAGGAAGAGGGUGAAGACUUGUCCGAGUACAAGUUCCACAAAUUUGCUGCGACUUACUUUCAGGGCAAUGCGAAUCACGCGUAUUCGAGGAAACCGUUGAAACAGCCGCUGAUGGGACUUCACGCCCAGGGUGAUCAGUUGGCCUCGUUGGCGCUAUGGAUCACAAUCUUGAGGUUCAUGGGGGAUCUUCCGGAGCCCAAGUAUCACACGAUGGACCGAGACAAUGUUUCAGUCAUGAGCAAGGUGACUGCUACACUAGGUCGAAGCUUUGUCAAGUCACGGGAAUUCCAAGAAGCUCAGCGGAUGGAUGAAAUGAUAGAAGAUGGUCGAAUGGAAAAUGGAACAGCCGGAGGUGGAAGUGGAAGGUCGAUUCGACACAAGCUGGUGAGCUUGACGUUGAAGAGGAAGAACAAAUUGGGGGAAGACGUUCGUCGCCGGCUGCAAGAAGACGAAGCGGAAGCAGCUGCUGAAAGCUACCAUUCAUGGCUUGAAUCCAGACCCACGUCCAACUUGGAAAAGUUGCAUUUCAUAAUUGGCCACGGAAUUCUUCGGGCGGAACUUCGCGAUGAAAUCUACUGUCAAAUUUGUAAGCAGUUGACGAGCAAUCCGUCCAAGUCAAGUCACGCCAGAGGCUGGAUUUUGCUCAGCCUCUGCGUAGGUUGUUUCGCUCCUUCGGAUGACUUCGUGAAAUACCUACGUGCUUUUAUUCGUGAUGGUCCUCCUGGUUAUGCGCCGUAUUGCGACCAGCGUUUGAGACGCACGUUCAACAAUGGGACCAGAAAUCAGCCUCCAUCUUGGCUCGAAUUGCAGGCGACGAAGUCGAAGAAACCCUUGAUGCUUCCGAUAACCUUCAUGGACGGCAACACGAAAACGCUCCUCGCGGAUUCAGCGACAACUGCUCGAGAGUUAUGCAAUCAGCUGGCUGAUAAAAUCGGGUUGCGAGACCAGUUUGGAUUCUCGUUGUACAUUGCUUUGUUUGACAAGGUGUCGUCUCUGGGCUCUGGAGGCGAUCACGUCAUGGAUGCCAUUUCGCAGUGCGAACAGUACGCCAAAGAACAGGGAGCGCAGGAACGAAACGCCCCCUGGAGACUAUUCUUUAGGAAGGAGAUAUUUUCUCCGUGGCACGAUCCGACAGAUGACGCCACUGCAACAAAUUUGAUUUACCAACAGGUCGUUCGAGGAGUGAAAUUUGGAGAAUACAGGUGCGACAAGGAAGAAGACUUGGCCAUGAUUGCGGCGCAGCAAUUUUACAUAGAGUUUGGCGGACCAGAUAUUCAUCCGGAAAGGUUGUUGAACACGUUGCCGAACUACAUCCCGGACUAUUGUUUGGCUGGACAGGACGAAGCAGUUGCUUUGGACAGAUGGGCAAAGCUCACCAUCACCGCAUUCAAAAAGGCCUAUUACGUCAAGGAGAAGGCUCCUUCAUUGGCUGUCAAAGAAGAUGUGGUAUCGUAUGCCAAGUUCAAGUGGCCGCUUUUGUUCUCGAGGUUCUACGAAGCAUUCAGGUAUUCCGGCCCUAACUUGCCCAAAAAUGAUGUCAUCAUCGCCGUCAAUUGGACGGGCGUCUAUGUCGUGGAUGACCAGGAGAAGGUCCUGUUGGAAUUAUCAUUUCCCGAAAUCACGUCUAUGACUGCCCACAAGAUUCUAUUUCAAACGCAGUUGUUCGAGCGAUACGCCUAUUACGUCAAGGAGAAGGCUCCUUCAUUGGCUGUCAAAGAAGAUGUGGUAUCGUAUGCCAAGUUCAAGUGGCCGCUUUUGUUCUCGAGGUUCUACGAAGCAUUCAGGUAUUCCGGCCCUAACUUGCCCAAAAAUGAUGUCAUCAUCGCCGUCAAUUGGACGGGCGUCUAUGUCGUGGAUGACCAGGAGAAGGUUCUGUUGGAAUUAUCAUUUCCCGAAAUCACGUCUAUGACUGCCCACAAGAGUAACAAGGCAGUGGCGCAAACGUUCACAAUUACGACCAUCCGCGGGGAAGAGUUUACAUUCCAGAGCCCGAAUUCCGAGGAUAUCCGGGAUUUAGUCAUGUACUUCCUGGAAGGUUUGCGAAAAAGGUCUCGGCACGUCAUCGCUGUCCAGGAUUAUAAAGCACCUGUGCCAUCUGGUGACACUGGAACCAUGUCUUCCACCGCAUCCACCACCAUGUUCCUCAGUUUCGCGAAGGGCGAUUUGAUUGAGUUGGAAGAUGACUCAAGCGGAGAGACAGCCAUGAACACGGGCUGGUGCGUGGGACGCUCGACGACGACGAAAGAACGCGGGGAUUUCCCUGCCGAA